GUCAAAUCAGAAAACGACAUCAUCAUCAGGAAGUUUCGGUAAAACGCGUAGAUCCGUAUUGACACUGGCAAACGCUCUUGCGCUGUGGUGGUGCCAGAAUCAGCGUGUUUUGCGGUGGUCACGGUUCAUAGAGAUGGUAACAGAUGCGCUGGCAACACACAAUCAUGAAGACGAACGACAACUGGGCGGCCCUGACCUAGCAACAGUUUUGUACACGUUCCUCCCUAUCCUAGUAGCUGGUCGAGACGUCGACGCCCGCACAAGAAAUAAGAGUCCAUCUAAGAAUACUGUGGCUGGAGGACAAAGGAAAGAACAAGAACAAGGAAAUGAGGAACCGAAG